AAUCUUAAAAUUGGGACAAUGACAAUUGGGAUCUUGACUUUAACUUAAAAUCAAUAUUUCAUUGAAAGAUUUUAUUUUAAAAUCUGAAAACAAUGACAUAUGUAUAUUUUUUAGAAAAAAAAUUAUUAAAAUUUGUUUAAAAAAGAAAAUGCCCAGCAAAAGGAAACAAAAGUCGCGUUUAAACUCUUUACUAGAACUUAAACCAACUGUAGAAAUUUUACCAAACACCAUUAACAAAACUUCAAAUCUUACAAUUAAGGAGGAGAAGUCUAUAGGAGAUUGCGAAGAAGAAUGUUUAGAUGAAGCAGAAGGCUAUGAAACAAUGGCAUAUGAAGAAUCGCAACACGAACUGAAAAAGGGAGUAUCAAGAACCUGUUUGUUGCUACAAGAUUAUUUGGAAUUCAAGGCCGCUCGCUGCAUACAACGUUACUUACGCGGUUGGUUGCUUCGCACGAAAUAUAGACGUUUACGUCUAGCCGCCAUUAUAAUACAACGAGAAUGGCGCCGUUUUUAUUGUCAGCGUUUGUAUUUUCGAAAAGUUGAGGAAACUCUGCAGCAACGUAUUGAACAACAUUAUUAUCGGGCUGCCCAGAGAAUUCAGGCUUUAUGGCGCGGUUGGUGGGUACGUCAUCAUAUACACGAUCAUACACGUUUAAUGCGUCUGCAAUUAAUGGCCGGAGAAGAUCUGCUUUAUUGUGUAGCCUUUAAGUUGCAUCAUUUGCUAAGGACUCACCAGAUACCGGGAAUAUACUCGUUAAGGAAUAGCAGUGCCCUUUCUAAAGUCGAACAAUUAUUGGCCUCUUUAACGUUCAAAGCUUGCAAUCAACGUUCAAUACAGGCGAAAGAACAGCGACGCCAUGAAAUCGAGGUUGCUAGAAGAGAACAUAAAAAGUCAGCUUACGGAACAAAAGUACCCUUUUCAGGGCCCGAUAUACACAAUCUUUGUGCGCCAAAAUGUGCACCACUCUAUAAUGCCAAAGAUGCCGAUAUGAGAAUAUCCAAAAUUUUGCAAAUGUAUGAAGAAGCAAAUCGGGAACUAGCGAAACCGACUAAAUUAAGAAAAAAAUCGGCCUUUUCCAAACAAUCGCAAGGGAUUGAAUCUCUUCCUGAAACCCCCUCCUUUUGUGGUGAUGUUGUUAGCAGCAUGAAAAAAUGGAAGAUUAUAACGGAAAAUAAUGUUAAUGUUGACCCAAAUGUAUUCAGAAAUCCUCAAAAUGUAGAAAAAUUUCUUAAAGAAAUCGAAUCGAAAAUGAGUCUUCUACAGGGUAAUUGUUAUUGUAGACGAGAAUUUCAUGAGGACUUAGAUAAAGCAAAGGCUAAGUUCUUAUCACAAGAGAGAGACAAAAGUAAUAAUUUAAGUUCUUCAACUUCCAUGCGCAAUAGUCCAAAAUCAAUAUUAACUGAUGAUGGUAAAGGUUAAGAUUCCAUAAACAAGCAACUUCUAUUAUUUAUACUCCUGGAAUAGUGAUCAUCCUAAGUGUGUCACUUUUGCAGAUGAAUCAGUAGGUUAUGUUCUUAAAUAGAUUUCAGUUUUUAUAGAAAAAAUAUUCUAAUAUUUGUUGCUAUAUAUUUGUCUUAUAUUAAAUAAACAGUAUUUUAUAAUGAUCGGUUUUAAUCGCUAAUCACAUAACGAUGCACUUCCGACAAU